AUGCUUCAGCGGCAUGUUACAGCCCAAACGGAUCCUCCGCUCGCACAAAAUGUCCAUACCAUCUCAAUCUUCUCGCACGGAGUUCAUUCAAACAUCCUGCUGAACGUGUACGAGCGCAGAGCUCCUUGGAAGACAUCGUCGUCAUCGGAG